CCCGGCUCCACCCUCCAGCUCAGGCCUCGGACCAGUACCCUCCGCGGUCGGGCUGGAGACCAGAACCUGGCGCGGCAACAUGACACGCGGCCACCGCCUCCUGCUGGAGAACGCGCGGCAGGUGGUGCUGGUGUGCGCCCGCGGCGAGCGCUUCCUAGCGGGGGACGCGCUGCGCAGCCUGGCAGUGCUAGAGGGCGCCAGCCUGGUGGUGGGCACCGAUGGGUUUAUAAAAGCUAUUGGUCCUGCUGAUGAGAUCAAAAGACAGUUUUCUGAAGAAACUUUUGAAGAAAGAAUUGACUGCUCUGGGAAAUGUAUCCUACCAGGUCUGGUGGAUGCACACACACAUCCCGUGUGGGCUGGCGAAAGAGUUCACGAGUUUGCAAUGAAGUUGGCAGGAGCCACAUACAUGGAUAUACACCAGGCUGGAGGAGGGAUCAACUUCACAGUGGAGCGCACGCGCCAAGCCUCGGAGGCGGAGCUGUUCAGCUCCUUCCAGCAGCGACUCCAGUGCAUGAUGCGGGCUGGGACCACGCUGGUGGAGUGCAAGAGCGGAUAUGGCCUCAACCUGGAGACUGAGCUCAAGAUGCUGCGCGUGAUUGAGCGUGCCCGUCGGGAGCUGGACGUCGGCAUCUCGGCCACUUACUGCGGGGCUCAUUCAGUGCCCAAGGGAAAAACUGCCCCUGAAGCUGCUGAUGACAUCAUCAAUAACCAUCUCCCAAAGCUGAAAGAACUUGGCAGAAGCGGGGAAAUACACGUUGACAACAUAGACGUGUUCUGCGAGAAGGGCGUCUUUGAUCUCGACUCCACCAGGAGGAUUCUUCAAAGUGGAAAAGACAUCGGCUUACAGAUUAACUUCCACGGGGAUGAGCUCCACCCAAUGAAGGCUGCUGAGCUCGGGGCUGAACUAGGAGCCCAGGCAGUCAGCCACCUGGAGGAAGUGAGUGAUGAAGGCAUUGCUGCCAUGGCAACAGCCAGGUGCUCUGCUGUUCUACUGCCCACCACAGCCUACAUGCUCAGACUGAAGCAGCCUCGCGCCAGGAAGAUGUUAGAGGAAGGAGUAAUCGUUGCUUUGGGCAGUGACUUCAACCCUAAUGCGUACUGCUUUUCAAUGCCAAUGGUCAUGCAUCUGGCCUGUGUAAACAUGCGAAUGUCCAUGCCUGAGGCCUUGGCUGCUGCCACCAUCAAUGCAGCUUAUGCGCUGGGAAAAUCUCACACACAUGGAUCUUUGGAAGUUGGCAAGCAGGGAGAUGUCAUUAUCAUCAACGAAGCAAGAUGGGAGCAUUUGAUUUAUCAGUUCGGAGGCCACCAUGAAUUAAUCGAAUAUGUUAUAGCUAAAGGAAAAGUCAUCUAUAAAAAGUAAUAGAUCUGAAAGAUGCAACCCUUCAACUGUACACAAUAAGUCAAUGCAGUUCUACUGAAAGCCAAAACGCCUUGGUGGUUUACCAGAAUUAUGUCACUUCAAACUACAUAUAUUUCAGUGUUCUGUUAAUUCACUUGAAAAGAGUCAAGGAAUUGGUUUAUUUUCAUUGAACAUGUGCAGCUCAACAUAUAAACAGAUAAACCUAUUAUGAGAAUCUCUAAACAGUGAAUUGCUUCACAAAGAUUGGGUGCAGAUAGUCUAACCGUAGAUAUGAUGGGAUAGCACGAAAAUGCUUUUUUUUUGAAAAGCAGAUCUGGCUUGAAAUUUUCAUUUUGUUUCUGCAUUUCAAAUGUCAGUGUUCAGACUAUGUUUGUUGAACAUUGGGGGUUGGAAGGAAAUCAAAAUGAUAUGCCUCAAAUUAGGCUAAACUCUAGCCCUCUAUGAUAAGCAGAUGGCCCCUACAUAGUUUGUCUUUCUAGCUGUUCUUCAGUGAAAUAAUGUCCCCUGAAGAAGGAUGUCCUUCCAUUUCCAAUGGCUUUCCGGCCUGAGCAGUGGAGGUCACACCAGAAUGGAAAACGUGUCACUUUAUACCCAAGUGCAGGGGUCUUCCUGGAGUAGAUGCAUUCUGGCCAAAUCCAACAGUGUCAUUUUGACAAAUUGUUUUUAUGUUUUUGAUUAUUCACAUUAAAAAUAUCUAAAAACA